AUGAUAAGAAAACAAGCUAGGGAGAGAAGAGAAUACCUCUAUAGAAAGGCCUUACAGCUUCAGGAAUCAUCCUUAACAGAAAAGAGACAACAAUUGAAAGCAGCCCUAGCAAGUGGAAAACCACUAUCAAAGGAGCUUGCCGAAGAUGAAAAGUUACAACGUGAUUUCAUCUACGAUGAAAGUGAACAAAUUGAAAUAGAUGAUGAGUACAGUCGGUUGUCGGGAAUAUCUGAUCCAAAAGUCGUUAUUACUACCUCUCGUGAUCCAUCAGUCAAGUUGCUACAAUUCCUGAAAGAAAUCAAGUUGAUGUUCCCAAAUAGCUUGAAGUUGAAUCGAGGAAACUAUAUAAUUUCAGAUUUGGUGAGUACCUGUAACAGAGUGCAGGUUUCGGAUAUGAUUAUAUUGCACGAGCAUCGUGGUGUCCCAUCAAGUAUAACUGUGAGCCACUUUCCUCAUGGACCAACUGCAAUUUUCACUUUACAUAAUGUCAAACUAAGACAUGAUUUGCCAAACUUGGGAAACGUUUCCGAAUCGUACCCUCAUUUGAUAUUUGAGAAUUUCCAAUCUGACUUGGGUAAGCGUGUGGUUAAAAUAUUGCAACAUUUGUUCCCCCCAGGUGUCAAGAAAGAUAGCUCCAGAGUUAUAACAUUUGUGAAUAACGAUGAUUACAUAUCGGUGAGACAUCACGUUUACGUUAAAACUAAGGAUUCAGUAGAGUUGAGUGAAAUCGGCCCGCGUUUCGAGAUGAGAUUGUACGAAAUCAGACUAGGAUUACCUGACAACAAAGAUGCUGAUGUUGAGUGGCAGAUGAGAAGGUUUAUAAGAACUGCCAAUAGAAAGAAUUAUUUGUAA